UAAUACUUACCCAUAAUCCAAUGAGGCAUUGUUGUGGUGUAUUUUGUUCGCUUCGUGACCCAUGUCCCUUUUAGUAGUCGAGAAAAAUCCCUCAAAAACCGACGAUUAGUCACGUCUCGGAUAUCAAAAAAGGCCAACGUACCUUGAAGAGUUGCUUGAACCGGGGAUGCGGCUUUAGGUCGCUUUUACGAAGACAGUCUAAGCGGUUUUCUCAUCGAAACAACAACUUAGCGAGAACAACAACCAAUAUGGCGUCUGUCCUCCGAAAGUUGGUUCGUAAAGAUGCUCGAAAUUUGAAUGGUAGCGGCUCAGAUGCCGAACCCAAUGGCCGAUACAGCAACAAGACACCAUCAGAGCAAACUCUAGAUACACGGAAAUCCACCAAAGAGAAAAACCCUGAUAAUAAGGAAAAGAACGAGACUAAAAUAGCCGAACCUUCGAUGGAAGUUGCAAGGAUGUCCUCUUCUCAUGCCCAGCGCGUUCGAUCCAAGCGGCUCAUGAAAGAGUUCCAAGAUGUCAGUCGAAAAACCGAACGAAUUUUCUCAGCUGAACUAGUCGACGAUAAUCUAUUCGAAUGGAAUGUCAAGCUACACACAAUCGACGGGGACAGUCUACUCUAUCGAGACAUGGUUGAAACCGGUUCGAAAUUUAUUUUAUUGAAUAUCACAUUUCCCGAGAAUUUUCCGUUCGCACCACCGUUUAUGCGAGUCCUUGCUCCGCGGAUCGAAGGCGGAUUUGUUCUCGAUGGAGGAGCCAUUUGUAUGGAACUUCUAACUCCAAAAGGGUGGUCUAGUGCGUACACGGUCGAGGCCGUCGUGUUACAAUUCUCCGCGGCCGUGGUUAAGGGAAAGGGCCGAAUUGAUAGGACUUGUAAAAAGGCUUUUUCCAAGAAGGAGGCCGAAUCGGCGUACAAACGACUCGUGAAAACACACGAUAAAUACGGAUGGGUCACCCCUCCGAAAGCAGAAGGCUAAUGUCUGGUCUAUAUCUAGAUGUUUUAGCAGCUAGUGUAUGUGCUAGUGAAUUUAAAGGGAAAGUCAUUGUUUAUUAUUCGCUAGACCCAUUGAGGCUAAGAGGCUGUGGUAUAGAUGCCUGUUGUGGGAAUGAUUUUUAUUUAUGCAGGUAUCUUAGAAUGGUCAUCAAUUUAGGUAGUUGAUGUUGUUGAAGUUGUUUUCUUUAUAUAACUUCUGUUGAAGUCUGUUUUACUGAGUAUUUUGCCAAUUUUGUUAUUGUUUAGCUAUAUCUUGAAGUGCCUACUUAAAGGGAUUGGUCAUUGUUCUUUUCUUUGUAUAACAUAUUUUUCUUUUUAUUCUUUUUUGAUAAAAGGUAUUAGAAUAUAACGUCAAAAGCUCAUUAUUCAACCUACAAAAGAAUCGAAAAAUGUGUGUCCUUGUCACUGCAAAGAAAGUUAAUUUAUCAAACAAAACGAAAAUAGGAACAUCUGUUUUUUGUUAAUUCUCGUGAUGUUGCCUAAUAAUUAUGUUUCAAAUUUUGUAAAGUUGAACAAGAGAAAUUAACCUUGAGGGCAAUUUUAAAUGUCUUAAGGUUUUUUUUUUUGAGAAUCAUCUUUAUCCUUUGAAUGCUAUAAUUAUAAUUUCCUAAAAAUGUAUGUCCAAGUGCAGAAAUUUUGGACAUGCAAGCAACUUGCUUUCCCAGUAAGGCAAAUUUCAUUUAAUUGAAUGUUCAGAUGUUGUAAAUAAAAUUUCACAAAUUUCUUUAACCUGUAUAUUAGACCUUGAUUGAUGCAGGACAUAAUUAUCACAACUUUAUUGUCAAACAUGAUUUUUUAUGCCUUUUUAAGGCUCCAUAUUUCACUCAAUUGUACUUAAAAAAUCAAGAUGUGCUUUAUAAACUUACAAAAUAUUCUAAAUUUAUUUGUUCUCUUUUGCUGUCCUUAAAACGGGUGCAUUUUAAUGCUGUUGUACUGCUUAGCAACCAGACUAUAAACUGAAUUGUGAAAUGCAAUGCUCUUUUUUUUUUCAAAAGAUCAUUCAACCUGAACUAAUAUAUAUAUAAUUCAUUUUAAAAGUAUAUAUCAGUAUUACAUAACAAUUUUCUAGGCCCAGAUUAUUAAAAAUUUUUUCGAGAUUUAUUUUGCCCUAUAAUUUCUUAUCCUGACUAUGGUUGUUUUUUACCUUUCUUCAAUUUUUUUAAACUUUUUAUCUAUACUCUUAAAAUCUGUAGUAUUCAAUCCUUUUGGUAAACUUCUCUAUAAAAAAUAUUAAUUUUCUGCUUUUAUUGUUUGCAGGUAAGCAGACAACAAAAGCUUACAUAAAGUUGGCCUUAAAAUUAAAGAAAAUAACAACUUAAUAUUAUGUUCUCCUUUGCAUAGAAUACAGUUGUAUAGAAAGUUUUCACAAUGUUGCGGCUGCAUUCAAAAUGCCACAGACUGGUGGGCCAUAGCUGUUCCAAAAUGAUGCGGACAAAGAAGAAUUUGACUCUAGUGCCAAAACUCUGCAAGGGAAGCAUUCUGGCAACUUUCUAUAGCUUCGUCUGUAAACUUCACCUUGUACGACAUUUAAGAUCAGCUGUGGCAUUUCGGAUAUUUGCGCAACAUCGUAAAAACGGCCUAUUUUGCUUGCUCCAUAGUAUCUGUUUAGCUUAGGCUUAGAAAAUUCAUCUAUAUUAGUUUAUAGUUUAUUGUUAAGGUAGAAUUCAGCAAAGUGACUUUCUCAGAUACCUUUCCUGCAGUGAUACAUACCCUUGUAUAUAUACAUACACCAGUGUUUGAAAGAUGCAAAUUUAAACACAGAAUUUCCCAAGCAAUAUAUUAACUCAAUUCACAACACAAUGCAAUUUAUUAAAUGUAUAGUAGGGAUAAUAAACUUGUCAUCUGUAAAAAAAA